AUUCAACAUCUUCCACGGAAGCAACAAGUGAAAGCACCACUACAUCAGAUGAAUCGACAAGUAAUUCAGAAGCGUCAACAACUUCGAGUGAUACCUCAUCUGAAGGAAGCACAACACCAAAUGUCUAUACGACACCAGCUGUAGAUUCAACCACUUCCAGCGAAGCAACGACCGAAGGCACUACUACAACAGAGGGGUCGACAAGUACUUCAGAAGCGUCAACAACUUCGGGCGAUACCACAUCUGAAGGAAGCACAACACCAAAUGUCUAUACGACACCAGCUGUAGAUUCAACCACUUCCAGCGAAGCAACGACCGAAGGCACUACUACAACAGAGGGGUCGACAAGUACUUCAGAAGCGUCAACAACUUCGGGCGAUACCACAUCUGAAGGAAGCACAGCUCCAAAUGUCUCUACGACGCCAACAGUAGAUUCAACAUCUUCCACCGAAGCAACAAGUGAAAGCACCACUACAACAGAUGAGUCGACAAGUUCUUCAGAAGCGUCAAAAACUUCGAGCGAAACAACAUCUGAAGGAAGCACAACACCAAAUGUCUAUACGACGCCAACUGUAGAUUCAACUACUUCCAGCGAAGUAACAACCGAAAGCACCACUACAACAGAUGAGUCGACAAGUACUUCAGAAGCGUCAACAACUUCGAGCGAUACCACAUCUGAAGGAAGCACAACUCCUAAUGUCUAUACGACGUCAACUGUAGAUUCAACAACUUCCAGCGAAUCAACAGCCGAAAGCACCACUACAACAGAGGAGUCGACAAGUACUUCAGAAGCGUCAACAACUGCGAGCGAUACCACAUCUGAAGGAAGCACAACACCAAAUGUCUAUACAACUUCGAGCGAAGCCACAUCUGAAGAAAGUACAACAUUAGAUGUCUCUACGACGCCUACUGCAGACACAACAGCUUCCAGCGAACCACCACUGCAUCAGAUGGAUCAAAACGUACUCCUGACGAGCCAACAACUUCUAGCGAUACCAAAUCUGAAGGAAGCACAACUUCAGAGGUCUCUAGGACGACAAAGCAGCACUACAUCAGAUGAAUCAACAAGCACUUCAGAAACGUCUUCAACUUCGAGCGAUACCACUUCUGAAGGAAGCACAACAUCAAAUGUCUAUACGACGCAAACUGUAGAUUCAACAUUCUCCAGCGAAGUAACAACCGAAAUCACCACUACAACAGAUGAAUCAACAAGUACUUCAGAAGCGUCUACAACUUCGAGCGAUUCCACAUCUGAAGGAAGCACAACACCAAAUGUCUCUACGACGCCAACUGUAGAUUCAACAUCUUCCAGCGAAGCAACAACCGAAAGCACCACUACAACGGAUGAAUCGACAAGUACUUCAGAAACGUCAACAACUUCGAGCGAUACCACAUCUGAAGGAAGCACAACAUCAAAUGUCUAUACGACGCCAACUGUAGAUUCAACAACUUCCAGCGAAGCAACAACCGAAAUCACCACUACAUCAGAAGAAUCAACAAGUACUACAGAAACGCCAACAACUUCGAGCGAUACCACAUCUGAAGGAAGCACAACACCAAAUGUCUAUACGACGCCAACUGUAGAUUCAACAACUUCCAGCGAAGGAACAACCGCAAGCACCACUACAACGGAUGGAUCAACAAGUACUUCAGAAACGUCAACAACUUCGAGCGAUACCACAUCUGAAGGAAGCACAACACCGAAUGUCUAUACGACGCCAACUGUAGAUUCAACAACUUCCAGCGAAGCAACAACCGAAAGCAAGACUACAACAGAUGAAUCAACAAGCACUUCAGAAACGUCUACAACUUCGAGCGAUACCACAUCUGAAGGAAGCACAACACCAAAUAUCUAUACGACGCCAACUGUAGGAAGCACAACACCAAAUGUCUAUACGACGCCAACGGUUGAUUCAACAACUUCCAGCGAAGUAACAACCGAAAGCACCACUACAACAGAUGAAUCGACAAGUACUUCAGAAGCGUCAACAACUUCGAGCGAUACCACAUCUGAAGGAAGCACAACACCAAAUGUCUAUACGACGCCAACGGUUGAUUCAACAACUUCCAGCGAAGUAACAACCGAAAGCACCACUACAACAGAUGAAUCGACAAGUACUUCAGAAGCGUCAACAACUUCGAGCGAUACCACAUCUGAAGGAAGCACAACAAUAAAUGUCUAUACGACGCCAACUGUAGAUUCAACAACUUCCAGCGAAACAACAACCGAAAGCACCCCUACAACAGAUGAAUCGACAAGUACUUCAGAAGCGUCUACAAUUUCGAGCGAAACCACAUCUGAAGGAAGCACAACUCCAAAUGUCUAUACGACACCAACUGUAGAUUCAACAACUUCCAGCGAAGCAACAACCGAAAGCACCCCUACAACAGAUGAAUCGACAAGUACUUCAGAAGCGUCAACAACUUCGAGCGAUACCACAUCUGAAGGAAGCACAACACCAAAUGCCUAUACGACGCCAACUGUAGAUUCAACAACUUCCAGCGAAGCAACAACCGAAAGCACCACUACAACAGAUGAGUCGACAAGUACUUCAGAAGCGUCAACAACUUCGAGCGCAAUAUCACGAUUGUACACAGGCGGAAAUAGAUUCGUAUCAUCCACCGCAAUACAAAUUAAUUUUACACUUUGGUAA